UCAAAACCAUCGCCCAUGGAAUAUAAUACCCCAUCGAUAUUCCCUUUUCUUCUUCAAUCUCAACAGCAACACCAACACCCCACCCGACCCCUAAAAAUGGUCCAGACAAACCAGUCCGGUUCCGGCAAUGAUUUCAAGCUCGUCGGAUUCUCGAAUUUCGUCCGGUCCAAUCCGAAAUCCGAUCGGUUCACCGUCAAACGUUUCCACCACAUCGAGUUUUGGUGUACCGACGCCACUAACGUCGCUCGCCGUUUUUCAUGGGGUCUCGGUAUGCAAUUUGUAGCUAAAUCGGAUUUAUCCACCGGAAAUUUGACCCAUUCUUCUUAUCUCCUCCGUUCCGGUGACCUGAACUUCCUUUUCACUGCCCCUUAUUCCCCUUCUAUCGCCGUUGCUCAAAACCUCUCCCCUCAAUCUACCGCUUCCAUCCCUUCUUUUGAUCAUUCACUCUGCCGCUCCUUCGCUGCCACCCACGGCUUAGGCGUUCGCGCCAUCGCCAUCGAAGUCGACGACGCCGAAACCGCUUUCACCACCAGUGUCACACACGGCGCGUUACCCUUUUCCCCUCCUACCCCACUCGGCGACGUCGCCACCAUCGCCGAAGUCAAACUCUAUGGCGACGUCGUUUUGCGUUACGUCAGUUACACCACCACCAUAAACUCCGACCAUGAUUUCUUGCCGGGAUUCGAGAAAAUCGAAGACGCCCUUUCUUACCCUUUAGAUUACGGACUCCGACGACUCGACCACGCCGUUGGAAACGUCCCAGAACUCGGUCCCGCUGUUUCGUACGUCAAAUCCUUCACCGGCUUCCACGAAUUCGCUGAAUUCACAGCUGAAGACGUCGGAACUAGCGAAAGUGGACUAAACUCCGUCGUUUUAGCUAACAACGAAGAAAUGGUAUUACUUCCGAUGAACGAACCGGUGUUCGGAACAAAAAGGAAAAGCCAAAUCCAAACGUAUUUAGAACACAACGAAGGUGCCGGAGUUCAACAUUUGGCAUUGGUGAGUGAAGAUAUAUUCAAGACGUUAAGAGAAAUGAGGAAGAGAAGCUUCGUCGGCGGUUUUGAGUUCAUGCCGUCGCCGCCGCCGACUUAUUAUAAAAAAUUGAAGCAAAGGGCAGGGGAUAUUUUGAGUGAUGAACAGAUUAAAGAGUGUGAAGAACUGGGGAUUUUGGUUGAUAGAGAUGAUCAAGGGACUUUGCUGCAAAUUUUCACUAAGCCAGUUGGUGAUAGGCCAACCAUCUUCAUAGAGAUAAUACAAAGAAUUGGGUGCCUGGUGAAGGAUGAAGAAGGAAAGCAAUACCAAAAAGGUGGAUGUGGUGGUUUUGGGAAAGGCAACUUUUCUGAGCUCUUCAAAUCCAUUGAAGAAUAUGAGAAAUCUCUUGAAGCCAAACAGUCCCAGAAUCCAUGACUUGAUUGAAAAAAAAAAGGGGGGGGGGCUUCUUCUUGCUAUAUAUAAAACUUCAUGUUACCCAUGUUAUUCGAAUUUGAAUAUGAAUAUCUAAUAGACAUAGUUCUUGUUUUUUGAACAAUUUUAUUAUAGGUUUUGAUUA